ACCUUCAGGCUUGUCGGUCCCGUGAAGAGCCACAGCGAAAGAGGCCGGAACUCCGAAAGAGAGUUUUUCACUGCUCUCAACUUUUCCGCUGGAAAGAAAUUUAGGACUCAAGAGCGCCUCUCUCUCGAGCUUCAAGCGAAAGGAAUCUCUUCGCACUCCGGGCUCCAGGCAACUAGCUGCGGCUCUUCUUUGCGGUUUUCCGGCUUUUCUCGGCUUUAAAAAACUUCAAAUCGACUUCUUUUUGUCCCCGGACUGAAGGCGAUUUCUCGCUCCCCUUUGUCCCUGCUUACUUCCAGUUGUUUCGAGCCUUCUCGGCGUUCGCUUCUCCCGUGCAGCCUUCAGCGGGCCUUCCGCGGUUUUUUCGAAAAAAGAGAACUCAGCCAAUUCUCUUCUCUCCGCCGCUGUACUUUUCAUAACAUCCGCGUUUUUCCGUCUCUCUGCUCUUUUCUCUGGGUUUUGUGCAUUUCUCAAACGAAGGCUUGGGCUGCUUUAUCGCUCCCGUGUCCUUCUCUUUCAAAUUCUCUCUCUCCUCAUUUUUCCUUGCUUCUCCUUCUCUCACCUUCUCCUUCUCUUUCUCUCUCGUUGUUCUUUUCUCACCUUCUUCUGCCCUCAGCUUCUCCUCUUCCUUCCGCCGCCUCUUGAGUUUGUUUCUUCUUUUUCUGCGGCUUUCUCCCCUUGGAUUCUUCCUCUUUUGUGUCUGCGAUGGCUGCGCCGCACGAGAGAGAGCCUUGCCCGGCCGGCGACGUCUCUCGAGGGAGCUCUGGGGGAUUCUCUGCCGAGAAGUCAGGCGCGGCGUCAGUAUCGGCCGCGCCUCCGGCGUCGGGAGGGACUGGUGGAGUUCCUCCUUCUCACGAGGAGAAAGACAAGGCAGCGGACGCAGAACAAGGAGACGCGACCGAGCAGUCGCAGUCGAGAGCCGCGAAUCCGAGAGGAGGUCCGCCUCCCCUACUCGCCAAGCCGGCUCCACGCCUCUCCGACUUGCCUUCUUCGCUUUUCUCUCCUGAACAGAAAGCGAAGGUGGAGGAGCUGAGACGUCGGAUCGACGACCUCGCGAUCGAGGCUGAGACAAGCGUCUCAGCCUCCUCCUCAGUUGCCCAGGAAAACGGCGGAACCUCCGCCGACGCUGUGGCGCAGAAGCAGGCGCCCGAGAGGACCAGAAGCUCUUCAUGGUUUUCCUGGAAGUCGGCCAUCUCGUUCAGCUCAACUGCGAAGGAGGACGAGAAGAAGAACAUGCCGCAGGAGGUGACGACGCUGCAGUGGGAAGAGCUCUUGUGGGUGGACGACGACCUCCUGCUGUCGCGCUACUUGAGGAGCUACGGCUGGAACGUUGCAGAGGCACACAAGCAGCUGCUGAGGACUCUCGCCUGGAGAAGAGAAAGAAAACCGCAGAGCAUUUGUCCUGCAGACGUCAUAGACGUUGCUCAGAAAGGAAGCAUCUACCGGCGAGGAUUCGACGCCGCAGGCCGGGCGAUGGUCUACUUCAAACCCGGUCGCGACCCAGGGACGUCGUCUGCGUCGUCGCAGCAGCAUAUCUUGUACACGGUGGAGCGCGCGAUACAGAGUCUGGACCGCAUGCAGGGACGCGACCAGCUGGUGUUCUUGAUCGACUUCAACGGGUGGGGAAUCUCGCAGAUUCCAAACACUGACGUCUCGAUGGAGAUUGUCUCCAUCUUAAACGACCAUUACACAGAUGUGCUCGCGGAGGCGUACAUCGUCGACGCCCCGAGUUACUUCGAUGCGGUCUGGCGUCUCGUCUCCCUCAUGGUGCAUCCGGAGACGGCGAAGAAGGUGUUGUUUCUGAGCUCCAGGAAUCCGGACCAUGUGGAGGAACUCCGCAGAAAGAUUCCCCCCGGCUACCUCGAGUCCUGCAUUGGUGGAGAGUGCGAACUCGACUACGAGCACGACGCCUACUGGGAAGAAGAGCAGAAACAGUUCGCCGCCUUCGCGGACGCCCGACGAGAGGCGCUGCAGAGACUCAAGUCCGAGGAGCGACUGCAGCGCAGGGUCCGCAGGUGCCAAGGCGACACAGAGAGAAGCGUCGAGGAAGCGGAGGCAGGAGAACGCGAGGCGUGAGAAGCAGAAGAAUCCCCUUCGACGGGAAAAGCAGGACUCGUGAAUCAUGUGGAUGUGGAGAGAAGAAAGCUCGGUUUCAAGACUGUACGGAAGUCUGGACGCAGGCAACGACGGACAGAUCGACGUCCGGUUACUCGUCUCUUCUUUUUAGUGUGUGUCUGUCGGGCAGGUCUGCGAUUUUGCGGGGGAGAGGUGCAUGCGAGAAGUUUCUUCAUGAGGUCCGUGAGAAUCCUCGCGAGGCGGAACGGAGCAUAAAUCUGUGUUUCGGAUUUUCGCGGCGAAAGGAACCAAAACACUGGGUCGCAGUCGGCGACAGUUCUCAUAGCUUUUGCUUUGUAACAAGACACACGGACAGAGGAAAGAACAGCAGCUCUCCGACGUCCAGAGUUGACUGGUGCAGGGUCGGUCGAAUGCCUCGUUAAAAAUUUCUCA